UAAAAACCGAAAAAGGAAAAAAUUGGGAUUCUCCAUUUUUCUUCCACGAAAAAUCUUCCUGAAGAAUUCUCCAUUUUCCGGCGAAUUUCAUUAUCUCUUUCAAUUUUUUUUGUGAAUUUGGAGGAGGUAGUGGAUGUUGUAGAUCAUGAUGUUGUCGCUGCAAAGCGAUCCACGGCAGUAUCAGCAACAGUUGUUGAUUUCUAGGGUUUCACAUGAUGGUGAUCUGAGAACCGAUUCGUCUUUUCCGUUUUAUACGGAGUCGGGGUUGUCAUCGGUGAAUAUCAAGUCUGAGUUAUCUCGAGAAGUUGAUGAGGACACACUCUUAACUCUUGCUCAUCAGAACUACAAAGCUGGAAACUAUAAACAGGCUCUAGAACAUAGCAAGUCAGUUUAUGAGAGAAAUCCCCAGCGCACUGAUAAUCUCCUUCUUUUGGGGGCUAUAUAUUAUCAGUUACAUGAUUUUGAUACGUGCAUUGCGAAAAAUGAAGAAGCCCUCCGCGUUAACCCACAGUUUGCUGAAUGCUAUGGAAAUAUGGCAAAUGCUUGGAAGGAAAAGGACAAUAUCGAUGUUGCAAUACGCUAUUAUUUGAUUGCAAUUGAGCUGCGUCCCAAUUUUGCUGAUGCUUGGUCAAAUUUAGCUGGUGCAUAUAUGAGGAAAGGAAGGCUGAGCGACGCAGCCCAAUGUUGCCGUCAGGCUCUAGCUUUGAAUCCUCGUUUGGUUGAUGCACAUAGCAAUCUUGGGAAUCUGAUGAAAGCACAAGGUUUGGUGCAAGAGGCAUACAACUGUUAUGUGGAGGCACUACGCAUACAACCUGCAUUUGCUGUUGCAUGGUCUAAUCUUGCUAGCCUCUUCAUGGAUGCUGGCGAUCUUAACAGGGCAUUGCAGUACUACAAGGAAGCUGUCAAGCUAAAACCAAAUUUUUCAGAUGCAUAUUUGAACCUGGGAAAUGUGUAUAAGGCUCUGGGGAUGCCACAGGAGGCCAUUAUGUGUUACCAGCGUGCUCUCCUUGUGCGACCAGACUAUGCUAUGGCUUUUGGCAACUUAGCUACUGUGUACUAUGAACAAGGUAACCUGGAGAUGGCCAUGCUUAAUUACAGGAGAGCUAUAACCUGUGAUGCUGGAUUCUUGGAGGCAUAUAACAAUCUGGGUAAUGCUCUGAAAGAUGCUGGUAGGGUUGAAGAGGCAAUUCAUUACUAUCGUCAAUGCCUCUCACUUCAGCCUAACCAUCCUCAAGCACUGACUAAUCUUGGAAACAUUUAUAUGGAGUGGAACAUGAUGAGUGCCGCUGCACAGUGUUACAAGACAACUUUAGCUGUGACAACUGGGCUUUCAGCUCCUUUUAACAAUUUAGCCAUAAUAUACAAGCAGCAGGGUAACUAUGCAGAUGCCAUAUCUUGCUACAAUGAGGUUCUCAGGAUUGAUCCCAUGGCAGCUGAUGGACUAGUCAAUAGAGGUAACACAUACAAGGAGAUUGGCAGAGUUAAUGAAGCUAUACAGGACUAUAUGCGAGCUAUUACCAUAAGACCAAAUAUGGCAGAGGCUCAUGCAAAUUUGGCUUCAUCUUAUAAGGACAGUGGCAAUGUGGAAGCAGCUAUAAAAAGCUAUAGACAAGCUUUGAUGCUACGUCCCGACUUCCCAGAAGCAACUUGUAAUCUUCUACACACGUUACAGUGUGUCUGUGAUUGGGAGGAUCGAGAUCAGAUGUUUAUUGAAGUUGAGGGGAUCCUGAGAAGACAGAUUAAGAUGUCAGUUAUCCCGAGUGUGCAGCCUUUCCAUGCAAUUGCUUACCCUCUCGAUCCACUGCUAGCUCUAGAAAUCAGUUGCAAGUAUGCCCAGCACUGCUCUGUAAUUGCAGCUCGCUUCUCACUUCCUUCUUUCAGCCAUCCUCCUCCAUUGCCAAUAAAGGGUGGUGGCAGGAGUGGUCGGCUUAGGGUUGGAUAUGUGAGUAGUGAUUUUGGCAACCACCCACUAUCACAUCUGAUGGGUUCAGUGUUCGGCAUGCACGAUAGAGAGAAUGUUGAGGUGUUCUGCUAUGCUUUGAGUCCAAAUGAUGGCACUGAGUGGAGGCUUCGCAUUCAGUCUGAAGCAGAGCAUUUUGUUGAUGUAGCGUCCUUGACAUCUGAUGUUAUAGCUAGGAUGAUUAAUGAGGAUCAAAUACAGAUUCUGAUCAAUCUUAACGGUUAUACUAAGGGAGCCCGAAAUGAGAUCUUUGCAAUGCAGCCUGCUCCUAUCCAGGUUUCAUAUAUGGGGUUUCCUGGAACCACUGGAGCUAACUAUAUACAUUAUUUGGUUACGGAUGAGUUUGUGUCACCUAUGCGGUACUCACAUAUUUACUCAGAGAAGCUUGUCCAUCUCCCUCAUUGUUAUUUUGUCAAUGACUAUAAGCAAAAAAACCGUGACGCGUUAGAUCCAAGCUGCCAACCCAGGCGCUCGGAUUAUGGGCUGCCAGAGGACAAAUUCAUUUUUGCUUGUUUUAAUCAGCUCUACAAGAUGGAUCCUGAGAUAUUUAAGACAUGGUGCAAUAUUCUUAAGCGUGUACCAAACAGUGCUCUUUGGCUGCUCAGAUUUCCAGCUGCAGGGGAAAUGAGGGUUCGCGCACAUGCUGCUGCACAAGGUGUUCAGCCGGACCAAAUUAUUUUCACAGAUGUUGCGAUGAAACAAGAGCACAUCAGACGCAGCUCCUUGGCAGAUCUUUGCCUCGACACGUUAGAAUAUUACAACCUUUCUUGCAUUUUGCUUUUGCAAUAUCCUGUGUUGAUUCAACUCAUGCUGAUGAAUUUGGUUUCUUUUUCUCACAGACCACUGUGCAAUGCACAUACCACUGGAACAGAUGUACUGUGGGCUGGUCUCCCGAUGAUCACCCUUCCCCUUGAGAAAAUGGCCACUAGAGUUGCUGGUUCAUUGUGUUUGGCCACAGGGGUUGGUGAGGAGAUGGUUGUUAGCAGUAUGAAAGAGUAUGAAGAGAAGGCAGUGUCACUGGCACUGAAUCGUCCCAAGCUCCAAGAUCUCACCAACAGACUCAAGGCUGUGCGCCUGAGUUGCCCUCUGUUUGACACAGGGCGCUGGGUACGGAAUCUGGAGCGGUCUUAUUUUAAGAUGUGGAAUCUCUAUUGCUCUGGCCAACAUCCUCAGCCGUUUAAAGUGACAGAGAACGACAUGCAAUUUCCUUAUGACCGGUAGAUGUAAAAACAGUAAUAUAAACAUGAUUGUAGAUAAUACUUAGAAUGUGAAGAGCUAUUUAUUGUCAAGGUUGAUUCGGUGUCUUAACUGUUAGUGAUGAUAUUUAACGGUGAGUUUUUCUAUCUUAUCUUGUACUAUUUCCUUUAA